CAACAGCCAAUCAAAAUCUGCCUAAAUCUAUUUUCGAACUUUCGGAGUGUCUACAGUUAGUUGCUUCAUUGUCUUCUACAUACUUCUGCAUCCUAACAAUUAAUUCUUUUUUUUUCAAUUCAUGGUUCUCAGAUGUCUCUGAAACCGCCGUAAUAUAUGUGAUGCGAGCAGACUUUGAGAAUGCUGGUCCUGCACAUGCUGGUUAACCAGCACGCUGCAUCUGUUCGAUGCAUGUUCAGUCCAUAUAUUCAUGUACUAGCUGAGUUAUCAGUUCGUACAGCUUUUAACAGUAGAAAUUAAUUAAGGACGACGAAAGCUUUGUUAUGGAUGACCUAAAUACUUGGGGGACGUCGACAUGCUAAAGUAUGUGUAUGAUACCUGGGAAAAUUCAUCAUCUGAGUAUAUGUCUAUUCGCUCUAGACUUAUUCGUAAUUGAGGACAAGGUUUCUUCAAGAACUGUACUGAACUAUAUGUUCAAUUCCAUUCCUGCUUAAGUGAAUUAAGAAGAGAUCUGGGAUGGCAUCAUUUUCUAACUAUCUCAGUAACACGUAGUAUGCAUUUAAAACGCACUGUUUUUCUUAGUCCUAUAAUUAUAGCAAUUGCUAUAGUCAACCUGAAUGUUUUGAAUUGUGAGAUAUUUUCAUUAUCUCAUAUGUGACAGGCUACCAUUUUAAUCGUAACUGGAUACCCUUUAAGUUAAAUUACCUGGUAAUUAUGUAGUAUGUAUCUGAUUUGAGUGGUAUUUCUGAGUGUUUCCAUUUGCUCAUCGUUUUUUUUUAAUUUUCUGCUAAUUUUACUUCAGUUAACCUACCAUGAAUACUAGAACCAACAGACAAGGUCAACUUCCCAAUGAUAGUCCACCAAAUAUUUCAGUUGUGAAUGCUUCAAUGGCUACCGAAAAUAACAGUUUAUCCCCAAGAAAACUGCAAACCACAUUUCCAGUGCAUGCGUUGACUAAUCUUAAUUCUUUGUUGUCACGACCUCAAUGGCAAGUGCCUGUUUUACCUGAAUCACAAUUGGAAAUUGUUCUGAUGGCGUCAAUUAAUAUGGCUAAAAAUGGUGAAGAUGUUUUUUCAGAAGAUUGCUUACGUUUUUAUUCUAAUGGCUUGAUAAUUUCUUUUCAAAAAAUAUUCCAGGAUGAUGCUGUCAGUCGCUGGGAUUCUCAUAUAUUGCAUUUUAUUUAUGCCAAUGCUCUUUUAGCUAUUGAGCUAUGUUCACUCAAGGCUGAAUCUGAUUGCACACCUAUUUUGGAGGUAGAAAGCAUUCUAUUCGAUCCUAAUUCACGCUUUCAUACACGUAGUAUUAAUUCCAGCAAUGUGGCACAAGAAAUUCGUUAUGGAACGCACAAGAACGCCGUUUGCCGGUUUGACAAUAUCAUUAAGUUAUUACCACAUUUAUCAGUGAAUAAUUUGAACAUGAAAGAAUGCCAGGAAAACGUGAACUAUGAAGAAAUGAAUGAGAAUUCAUCACACCAUAAUAGUUCCACCACUUUAAAUUUAAGAGAAUAUUCUAUUCCAUACGUUGAUUAUAAGGAUGCACCAGUUUUGUUAGAUUUCAUCAAUUUAUUUGGAAAGCUGUCCGGUUUCGAUCGAUUGAAAUCACGUCUUCUGACUCUAGACAAUAACGACGAAGAACCGCAACAACAACAGCAAAACGCAGAGAAAGACAAAAAGGGGCAAGAGCAACGGUCAACUGAUAGGACAGAGCAUUUAUCACUCAGUUUAAUAUAUGCUUAUCUCCAGCCCUUUGCAUUGUGCUGUUAUUUUCUGAAUGAUUCAGUGAUUGAAGAAUAUUUUCAACCGAUAGUUAAUACAGUUCUUAACUACUUGCCACGCAUAUCUGAUGAUCAGAUAAAGAAAGAAUCAAAAAAAGGAGCAAGAUAUGAUUUCAUCGCUGGAUUGAAAUUAACUUUAUAUAUCUUAUUAAAGCGGAUGCCAUCAUCGAAAGAAGAAGAUAUUGAACGAGCUGAAAUAUUAUGCUUUGGUUUAAUCUAUCGUUUCUUCCAGUUGUCUUCGUUCAGUGGGAAAAUGAAUACAUUAAAUGAAUUGAUCCGUUUAUUAGCUGUAUGCAGUGAUAAUUUAUUAGGAAUUGGUCAAUGGAUCAAAGACAAUAAGUUAUUAAAGUUGUUACUUGUUGAAAAUUUACAUCAACCGCAAUAUGUUGAGAAAGUUGAAGAAGUUAUCCGCUUUAUGAUUAGAAAAUCUUUACUCACAUCAAGUGAUUUAGACACAAUCUGGGAAUCUCAGAUUGAUAAACAUGAAACAAUAGUUAAGAAUGUAUUCAAGAUGCUGACACAUUUAGCUUUAGAAUUUUCAAUGGAUCAAUUGAAUUAUUUGUUCAAUCGUUUCAAGCAAAAUUGGAAUAAAGCUGCAAAACGUCAGCGUGAAUGUUUAAUCAAUUUAAUUUCAACACUAGCUGAACAAGAUAAAGAUGGUGUAAUGAUGCAAAAAAUACUUGAUCUAUUAUGGGAAUGGUCGACUAGUAUUAAUACUACUAGUUAUGCUGCUAUUGAUGGUGGUGGAAACGUACGACUCUCUACUAGUAACAAUGAUGAUGAUGAUGACGAUAUUAUAAAUAAUACUGCAAUAAAAGCGCAUAUAAAAAUUCUUAGCUGUAGUGAUGAAUCUUUCGUUUAUCAACUUCGAAUUAGAUGGUUGGAUAAGUUAGCUAAUAUUUUAAAAAGUGGACCGAAUGAAGCAUGUCUAUUACCAGCUGCUAAACAGUUCACUGAAAUCGCUAAUCUCUUAAAUAUGGGUACAACGAAUAUAAUAGUCAGAAAUUUAUGUCAACAACAUCGUAUUGUACAGGCUACUGUUGAUUGUAUUACUCAGAUAAUGUGGUCAGUGCAUGAAGAACGUUUCAUGUCAAUAACUUCAUCUAACGGUUCCGUGCGCACUGCGAUUGCAAUUCAUCCUCCUCCGAAAAGAAAAAACUCGAAUAGACAUUUCAUCAUAGUUAAAGAACUAAUGACACUAAUUUAUUAUUUAAUAUUCCAAUGUCAUGCAUUAUUCACAAUGGAUAUGUUACAACAGAUAUGGGACUCAAUGAUUCAUCCAGUGUUUCGACCAGAUUUUGUUUUACAAGAUAAUAGUCUCCUAUCAAAGUUUCGGAAUCAUAUCGUAUUACCGGGGGAUCGUGAUAUAUGCCUCCAAUGGUUCACAAUAUUUUUUAAUGAUCCUGUUUGGUUUGAAUGCCGAGAUUUUAUAUGGGACAAUUAUACAGCCUUAAAACCAGAAUUAUUGACUUCCGGUGGCUUUGAAUUUGUGGAACAGCUGUUUUGUCGUAUUGAUUCAGAUGAUACAUGUACUAUACGUGAAUUGAAUACCCCCAGAGCAAUAUCAUCCUCAGUGGCAUCAUCGUCAUCAUCAAUAUCAACAGUAUUGACAACUUUCUCAAAACCAGUAUCUGCUCAUCAUGUAAAUACUAAUGCAACUGCGAGUGUUAAAUGUAUUAAUUUAGAACAGCUAUGGAACUUUAUUCUUUUCUCAAAUCGAUGUGUUUAUCGCAAAACUAGUAGACUAUUGAUACAACUCUAUACAGAUGCUUAUUCACAUUGUACAAAAAACCGACAGGAAUUAUGCACUGAUAUUAUGCAGACUUGUUAUGCGCAUAUUAAGACAGCCUACGAUGAGAUAUGCUGUAUUAUCAAAAGAGAGGUAAAUCACAACGAAUCAAAGUUCAAAAAGAUUCCAGAAACUAAUUUUAAUACUUUCCAAUAUUCUAGUCGUCAUGUGAACUCUUUAUUUAAACGAAUACUGAGAUUAAUAAAACUAUUGAUAAAAUUCACAAUCACAAUGAAUAUGGAAUCAUGUAUCCUCAAUGAAAGCGAAGCCUGUAUUCCAUUGAAAAGCCUUCAAUUAUCAGCCAAACUGAUGUAUUCUAAUAAAAAUAAUAAUAAUAUCGAUGGAUUAUCAACGUCUAUAACUGACUCGCCAGUUACCUCACCUAGCUUUUUAUCAUCUGGUCAUUUUGAGUUUUUUCAUCCCGAUGAUUUAGUUACUUUAAAGUCAUCAGCUCUAAAUUCAAAUAAUAAUAAUAUUGAUGAUGAUGACGAUAAGAUAGAUAUUCUGCAAGUUUAUCGUGAUCUUCUGUCAAAUCAUCAUUCUCAUGAUAAUAACAAUAAUUCUUCAGUCGAUAAUAAUGUUAAUAAUGCUGGUAACACAUCAGAAUUGACAAUAUUCAAUUCCAUAAUAGAUCAUGAUUUACACAAAGAAGAAGAGGAAGUAACAGAGAAAGAAAAUGAUCAACAACAAUCAGUUGUGAUGAAUAAAACUGAAAGUUAUUGUGAUGAUAGUGUAUUAUCAUUGUCAAAGGAUAAAUUGGAUACACUUGACGACUCUAAAUCCAUUCAGCAGGCGGAAAACAAAAUACAGGGUGAAAUGACUUUAGAUGCUGACCGACGUAUUGAAAUCCUGUUGAACUUGGGCAAAUUAGCCUUAACCUUAAAUUGUAUGAAUGUUUGCAGCCAUAUAAUGGCAUUAUUAAAAUGUAUGCCAUUACAUAAGAAGUUGGUUAAGUUUAUUGAAGAUAGUUUAAAUCAGUCAGUUGGUGAGAAAUUGAAAGGUAGUUGUGGCGCUAGUAACAGUUCGGACAAUGCAUCAUCCUCUGAACCUCUCUUAUCAAACACAUGGUUUGGCAAGAUACUUACAAAUCCACUGAAUGAAUCAGUCGAAGUUUUAACCUCUGCAGCCGACGAAUGUCCAACUAUGAUUUGUCAAAAUACACCAAAUUACAUUGAGAUAUUGUAUACCCUGCAAGUAUUAUAUUGUGUAUUAAUGCCAAGUAGUGCAGUGAAACAUUAUCAAUUUUCUAGUUAUCUGCGUGCCGUCAGCACUACAAAUACCACGACUACUACUACUACUAUUAAUACUGUACCUACUCCUACUAAACUUAUGCAUGCAUAUAAUUAUCUCGGUUUGUGUACAGAUGUGAACAACAGUGAUGGUAUUAGCUUUAAUAAUAAUACCGAUAACACUGAAACUACAUUCCCCAAGGGUAAUUUUCACAAUCAAUUUCCUAAUUGGUGUAAUGCUGUUAACGUUACAUUGCUUCUGCUGCGUGGUGGUGCGCUUAGCCUUCUGCUUUCUUCACCACUUUUAACAUCAACCUGUGACUUCUCUCCCUCCACUUGUACAAAUGAUGAAGACUUUAACCACCAUAUUAUCUGUGAUACUUCUUUAGAAAAAACAAUUGACAAAUCUUCACUUCACUCAGAUCAUAUUAACAGAUCCUCCUUCGUAAAUGCUCACACGUAUUCUUCUGCUUCUGUGAAUUCAAUAUAUAAAAGUAUUUUUUUAUGUGAAAAAACCACACAGAAGCAUUGGAGAUUGAUUUAUGAAAUACGCUUGUGGUUGUUUCGACUAUUGCGUUUAUUGCUCAUAAGCACAGCUAAUAGUCUUAUACUACACUAUAGUUUGAAUUCUUCAUUUAAACACUGUAAAACAUUAGGUGUAUUUCAAAAAACAUCACUGUAUCAUUUACUGUCCUCAUCAUUACACCCGCUGUCGUCAUCUUCCGAUGUCACUAUCAACAUUGACGAUUCCCACUACCAUCAUCAGAAUAAGCUUUCUUGUGCAUACUCCCUACCUGAACAGUAUUUAUCAUCACCUGAUGUUACUACUACUACUCCUACUCACGAUGAUGAUGAUGAUGAUAAUGUCAAACAGGAGAGAAACAUUGAGUAUAUUUGUAAAUUACUACAAAAUGCAUAUCAAUUAUCAAGCAGUACAAGUCAUCCAGUAUUCAGCGGUAGUAAUUUCAUUCUGUUACAUGCUAUACAUGUGGCACAAUUAACAAUAAAAUCUAACAUAUCUUUGAGUGAAAUAGAAACUUCUUGGUUAAAGAAUAUCUCUUCCGGUUUAAAAGUGUUAUGCUAA